GUCGGCGGCGGUGGGUGUGCGAAUGCAGGGAGCCAGGAGGUGCGGGUGCCAGGCGCCAGGCGCCAGGAUGCGGUGUCCGGCCACCAGCUUUGGGAGUAGCCCAGGCUCACUUUAACCGGCGCGGUGCGGACGGUCCGGCGGCGACAGGGCUAACCUCGGCAGGUUCGCGAUGCAGCGGGCAGCGGUGCUGGUGCGGCGGGGCUCCUGCCCCCGCGCCUCGGGCCCCUGGGGCCGUAGUCACAGCAGCGCUGCAGCCGAAGCCUCGGCGGCGCUCAAGGUGCGAUCGGAGCGCAGCCCUCGAGACCGCAUCCUCACCCUGGAGUCCAUGAACCCGCAGGUGAAGGCGGUGGAGUACGCCGUGCGGGGACCUAUCGUGCUCAAGGCCGGCGAGAUCGAGAUGGAGCUGCAGCGGGGUAUCAAAAAACCCUUCACUGAAGUAAUCCGAGCCAACAUUGGGGAUGCCCAUGCCAUGGGCCAGCAGCCAAUCACCUUCCUCCGUCAGGUGAUGGCACUCUGCACCUACCCAAACCUACUAAACAGCCCCAGCUUCCCAGAAGACGCUAAGAAACGAGCCCGGCGGAUCUUGCAGGCUUGUGGCGGAAACAGCUUGGGAUCUUACAGUGCUAGCCAGGGCGUUAACUGUAUCCGUGAGGAUGUGGCAGCCUUUAUCACCAGGAGAGAUGGUGUGCCUGCAGACCCAGACAACAUCUACCUGACUACUGGAGCUAGCGACGGUAUUUCUACAAUCCUGAAGCUCCUGGUCUCCGGUGGUGGCAAGUCACGGACAGGUGUGAUGAUUCCCAUCCCACAGUACCCCCUGUACUCCGCGGUCAUCUCUGAGCUUGAUGCCGUCCAGGUGAACUACUAUCUGGAUGAGGAGAACUGCUGGGCUUUGAAUGUGGACGAGCUCCGGCGGGCAUUGCGGCAAGCCAAAGACCACUGUGACCCUAAAGUUCUCUGCAUCAUCAACCCUGGAAACCCCACAGGCCAGGUACAAAGCAGAAAGUGCAUAGAAGAUGUGAUUCACUUUGCCUGGGAAGAGAAGCUUUUUCUCCUGGCUGAUGAGGUAUACCAGGACAACGUGUACUCUCCGGACUGCAGAUUCCACUCCUUUAAGAAAGUGCUUUACCAGAUGGGGCAGGAAUAUUCCAGCAAUGUGGAACUUGCCUCCUUCCACUCCACCUCCAAGGGCUACAUGGGCGAGUGUGGCUACAGAGGGGGCUACAUGGAGGUGAUCAAUUUGCACCCUGAGAUCAAAGGCCAGCUGGUAAAGCUGCUCUCCGUUCGCCUCUGUCCACCAGUGUCUGGUCAGGCCGCCAUGGACAUUGUUGUGAAUCCACCGGUGCCGGGAGAGGAGUCCUUUGAGCAGUUCAGCAGGGAAAAAGAAUUCGUCCUUGGUAAUCUGGCCAAAAAAGCAAAGCUGACAGAAGAUCUGUUUAACCAAGUCCCGGGGAUUCAGUGCAACCCCUUGCAAGGAGCCAUGUAUGCAUUCCCUCGGAUUCUCAUUCCUGCCAAGGCUGUGGAGGCAGCUCAGUCCCAUAAAAUGGCUCCAGACAUGUUUUACUGCAUGAAACUCCUGGAGGAGACUGGUAUCUGCGUCGUGCCUGGCAGUGGCUUUGGGCAGCGAGAAGGCACUCACCACUUCAGAAUGACAAUUCUCCCUCCGGUGGAAAAACUGAAGACAGUGCUCCAUAAGGUGAAAGACUUUCACCUGAAGUUCCUGGAGAAGUACUCAUGAGGAUGCCUCAGGCGCCAGAGCGAGGCCCCUCCUCGGGUCUCCGUCCCAAUACCACCCAGGCCUUCCUCAUGGACUCUGCCUCAGACCUCAUACAGGUCACCAACCCUGGUCAUCAUCAUUUUCCCAAGGAGACUUCUUUCUUUGUGCCUUGAUGUUUGAGAGUUCUUCUGAGCAAACAGUGAUUUUGCAAUGUCUUGCAGGCCCUGUAUUGUUUGUUGUUUUUUGUUUUGUUUUGUUUUGUUUUUUAAAACACAACCAAAAGUAGAGUCAACCUGCUUGGCAGAUGUUCCUGGGAUUCUCUGAAUCACUGUUCUGUUUGCAAAGUUCCUUUGGGUCUUAAGCAGCCAGGGUACAUUUAAACAAGAUAUGUCAGACCUGGAGAGACAAGUGUGUGUUGGGAAAUAUGUGACUUAACAUGAUAAGGGCUGGGAAUCCAGAAAUCAACAGUGAGACCCAUGAAAUAAAACCCUUACCAGUAUGAAAAUGUAGCAUUUUUAGACAGUAAACCUGCAAAUCUAGUGAGGACUCAGAGAAAGCUGGUCAUUCUGUCUGGAGAUAGGCAGUGCAUCACAGACAAGAGUAUGGAAGUCAAUAGCAGGACAGGGGUCAGGCACAUCAGAGACCCGGUUAGAUUGCACUACCUGUAACAGUUGACUCUGGGUUUGGCUGAGCCUUUAUGCAUACCAUCUCCCUCUGCUGGAGACAGCAGGGAUAGGCAAGGGCUGAAAAUGGAGGUGAUCUUUUACCAGGCCCUGACAGUUGUUUUAAUUGUUUCAAAGUGAAUUUGAUUUGUUCUGUAACUAACUGAUCACGGUGCCUGGUUACACUGGCUGCCAAGGAGUGGGCGCAAUCUGAUUCAGUGUUUUCACAUCAGUUUCCUGCCUCCCUCCCUGAUACAUAGGCAGCAUCCUUUGUCAUUAGCCAUCCCUGUGUGUCACAAAGUAACAAACAGCCACCAAGCAAGUAUACUUCUUGAAUUAGCACACCUGGGUGGCCCACGUGCAACCAAGGAAACAGAUGCUACAGGGAGCUCCAGGCCAAGUUUCCCUCCCGAUCUCUUAACUGUCUCCAUUCUUCAGUGAGAUGGAGAAAAACUAGGGGGUAGCUCUAGCACAGGGGCCUGGGGGCUUGAGCCAGAGGGAGAAAGAUGUGAGGGCUGUAGAGUGAGGCUGAAAUCCGCCUCCUGCCCUAUGACUCCACACUGCAGGGGUUGGAUUUUAAAAAAGAACUUCAAGUUGUUAACACUCACAAGCAUUACAUUACUGUGAAGGAAGUACACAUCCAUUACAUCCAUAACAGGAUGUAAUCUUCUACAACCUUUCCUUUAAAGGCUGAAAAAGUAGCAUGUGUGCUUGCUAGGCGUAUAACCCAGAUAUGCUCCAGAGUUCUGAGAUUCUUCCAUGAAAGGUUAACUAGAGCCUAGUAUAUUUUUUAUAUUUUUGUAACAAUUGGCUUUUUUCAUUGGGGGGGGGGUGGAGGUGGAAGGGUUAGUAUUUAUAGUCCUAACAAGUCCAAUAAUUUUUAUAAGUGUCUUCAGAUUAUAAAAUAAUCCUCCAAAUUUUGCAAUGUUUACAUGUUUUUUUUUAAGAUGACAAAUAUGCUUGAUUUGCUUUUUAAAUAAAAGUUUAGCUGUUCUAAGAGAUUAACUUCAAGUAGGAUUGCUGGUUAUGGUAGUCUGGAUUUUCUACAGGUUCUGUUCCCAUGCCUCUUCCGUUCCAGCAUCAAUCGAGCGGUGUGUGGGCGGGGCUGUGGGAGCUGGCCAGGCUGGACCUGGACAGCCACGCCUCAGAGAAUUGCGUCCAUUUGAUUGUGAGCAGGCACAGGCCUGCGUGCAGCUUACCAUUCUGCGUUCUUCCACCUCCUUGUAAUAGCCGUGCUGGGAAGCUCUGAACAAUAAAAUACUCCCAGAGUGGUGA